UUUGAUGUAAACCUAUCGAGUUUAUUUUUCAAAUCGAAUAAUAUUUCUGUAAAUUACAAAUACAUACUACCUAAACUGACCUAAAGUAGUUACUACAGGCUACUACUGAUAAUAUGUUAUUGUUGUGAUUACCAUUUGAUAUGCAAAAUGAGUUUUACUAGUGACGAAGUAAACUUUCUUGUGUACCGCUACUUACAAGAGUCAGGUUUCCACCAUUCAGCAUAUUCUUUUGGAAUUGAAUCACACAUAUCACAAAGUAACAUUAACGGAGCUCUUGUUCCUCCAGCAGCAUUAUUGAAUAUUAUACAAAAAGGAUUACAAUACACUGCAGCGGAAAUAACAUUAGGCGAUAAUGGAACUGAAAAUCGUCUCACAGAAAGCCUCAGCUUGAUUGAUGCUGUUACUCCAGAUGUAGUAGCAGCUAAACAAAAUGCUCACAAUGCUCAGAAACAAGCUGCCAAAACAGAACAGGGAUCUGGAAGCGAACAAAAUGGUGUUGAUGGUACAACAUGCAGUGCACAAGCUGCAGCAAGUGCUGAGACACCAGCAUCAAACAUACCCGUGCCUAUGGACAUGGACACAUCAAUUGAAAUUCCAGCAAACAAAGCUACUGUACUAAGAGGUCAUGAAUCUGAAGUAUUUAUUUGUGCAUGGAACCCAAGCACGGAUUUACUGGCCAGUGGAUCAGGUGAUAGUACAGCUAGAAUUUGGGAUAUGUCUGACAACCCAACAACUACUCCAAACCAACUAGUACUCAGACACUGUAUUCAAAAAGGAGGUACUGAAGUACCAAGUAACAAAGAUGUCACUUCACUGGACUGGAAUUGCGAUGGAAAUCUUUUGGCAACUGGAUCAUAUGAUGGUUAUGCUCGAAUUUGGACUACAGAUGGUACAUUAGCAUCGACUUUAGGUCAACACAAGGGACCUAUAUUUGCACUCAAAUGGAACAAAAGAGGAAAUUUCAUCCUUAGUGCAGGGGUUGAUAAAACAACGAUCAUAUGGGAUGCUUCAACAGGUCAAUGUACCCAACAAUUCUCAUUCCAUUUAGCACCAGCACUAGAUGUAGACUGGCAGACAAAUACAUCCUUUGCUUCAUGUUCUACUGACCAGUGUAUACACGUUUGUAAAUUAAAUGCUGACAAACCAAUUAAAAGUUUCCAAGGACACACCAAUGAGGUUAAUGCAAUAAAAUGGGACCCACAAGGACAGCUACUUGCAUCUUGUUCUGAUGAUAUGACUCUUAAAAUUUGGUCAAUGAAGCAAGAUACUUGGGUUCAUGAUUUGCAAGCACAUUCAAAAGAGAUUUAUACUAUCAAAUGGUCACCAACUGGACCAGGCACACAGAAUCCUAACAUGAAUUUAAUUCUUGCUAGUGCAUCAUUUGAUUCAACCGUCCGCUUAUGGGAUGUUGAAAAAGGUGUCUGUAUUCACACACUAACAAAACACACUGAACCAGUUUACAGUGUUGCAUUCUCUCCUGAUGGUAAGUUUUUGGCAAGCGGUUCUUUUGACAAGUGUGUUCACAUUUGGUCAACACAAACUGGAAGCCUUGUACAUUCUUACAAAGGUACUGGUGGUAUUUUUGAAGUAUGCUGGAAUUCUCGUGGUACCAAAGUGGGAGCCAGUGCUAGUGAUGGCAGUGUAUUUGUGUUAGAUCUUCGUAAACUUUGAGACUUACAAAUAUAAACCUCAUAGCCUUAUAUGAGGUGGUGCUGUGGCAUUGGAACAUGAAUUUGACAUUGAUGAUAUUACAAUAAUUGGUAAAGUGUGUUGUGCUAUUGGAACUAAAUAAUAUAAUGCACUAGAUUUCAAUCACCAAAAGUAAUUUUGCAGGUAUAAUCAACAUUUAUGAUUAUUACAGUAUAUUUUUAGAAAUCUCAUCUUUGAGAUUGGGUGAAGCAGUGAAAUUAUGCAUAGAAAAAUAAAUAAAUGUGUUAUAAUGGUUGUAAUUUUUGUCACAUAAUUUUCGAACCGGCGGUGCAUAUCGCCAUCAUUUUAUUUUUGGUAAUUUAAAAAUAGUUUUGAAUUAAGAACGCAAAUGUAAUUUUUUAUAAUAUCUGGUAAAAUUAACUAAUGACAUGUUCUCCGUUACGUCAUAGAAUAUGUAGUGUUUCAAGUGAAUGAUUUAUAUUUUUGUUGGUAUAAAAUAACUUGCAAGCUCUGUUCAUAGUUUUAAGGUGUAUUUUGUGUCUAUCAAUUGGCAUUAACAGAAUUCCAUACUACAUAUUAGAUAUUCACGAUAGGUCACCGUGAUUAUUUUCUAGUGAUUUAACAGUAGUUUUGUUUAUAAAAAAAACAUAGCCUAAAGUUUAUUUAUUAACUUUACUUUUUCAAUACUUUUUUAACUUGUUAUCUAAAGCAGAAAAAAGCUGUAGGUAAUUUAAAUAAACAGCUGAAAAAUAGACUGUAAGGCUGCAAUUCUCAAACUGGAGUAUUUUGUUAUGUUAUUUAACUAAUUAUUUGUUUAAUUAACAUAAGAGUUUAUAUUUAGCUGCACAAAAACAUUAUCUCACCUGCAAUAAGAAAUCGGGUCAUAAUAACUAAUUAUCAAAAUUAGUUUGGCAACAUAAAUAAUCAAUUGAAAUGUAAAAUAACAUUUAAAAUGUACAGUAAAAACUUACAUUUAAGUACAAAAUAUAUGACAAAGCCUUACUAAAAUUUUAAUUGAGUAUU